UGUGCAGCAAACGAAAAGAUUAGACCUCUGCGAGGCGGGUGUGGUGCAGGGAGUAGCGCGACAACAAAAAAUGGGCACGCACAGGCUGCAUGAUCCAACUGGACGGGUGGAUUGAUCGGAGAGGACGACCACACUUGAAUGUGAUGGUCUCCUUUCCAACCGGUGUUGUUUUUUGGAAAUCCCACUGCAUGUCAGGAAAGGAGAAAGGAUCAGAGGCUUACUACAACAUUCUGUCGGAGUCAAUCAAGGAGGUUGGUGAAAAAGUUGUAGUCGGUGUCGUCAUGGAUAAUGCGGUUAUGUAUGCAAGAGUGGGAAAAGGCAACGACUUGGUGAAGGAGGUUGUGGGAAAGAAGAAUGACUUUGUGAAGUUCUUCAUGAUUCAGAACCACCAACAUGUACGUGACAUCUUCUACGUGCACUCUGGAGGGAGGCAGCUGUUGCGACCUGCUGCAACACGGUUCGCUACAAAGUUUCAUAUGCUCGACCACCUAAAAAAGCAACGCAAUGCACUGGUUGUCGCGGUUAACCAUGAUGCUCGCUGGGAGCUGACCGUGGUACCUCAUGCGCAGUGCGAAAUAUUCUACGAGGUAGAGGAGAUCGUCCUUGAUGGAGCGGGAUUUUGGGAGGGCAUCAACAAAGUCAUCUCCGCUGUUUAUGACAUUGUCCUGCUGCUGAAGGUGGAAGAUGACUGGACCCACUGUCAGCAAAGUAUGCCCGAGAUGGGCCAAGAUGUGGUUGACUGGGAUGACCCGCCAGCCAAAGAAGAGCAGAAGGAGCAAGCUGAGCGGGAAAAGUUCGCUAACCGCAGAUUGAAGCGGAUUGAGUCGAGUGGGGAGGAUGUUGCUCCACCUGAUGAUGAAGGGGGUGAAGAAGGUGGUGAUGAGGCUGCUGAUCAUCGCCGUGAGCCAUGCGAAUUGAAUGCCAUUGAGAAUGGGCAAGAGGAGAACUGGAGACAGUGGAGAGGACUAACGAAGGCCGGCAUGUAUAUGGCCUCACGUUUGCAAAGACAAGCUGUUCAACAAGAAAUAUGCCCAAGAGGCAGGUCACGAAAAAACAACAUGGCCCCUAAGAAUGGAGAAGCUUCAAAUGUAGCUGCUAUAGAGGAACAGGGCACCAAACGCCAAGCAAAUGCAGAGGAGUGCAUCGGCAACAAGGAUGAGAAUGAAGGAGAGGGGGGUGGAGGUGGUGUAGCAAAUCCUCGUGGUGUUGCGACAACAGCACAGGUUGCGGAGCAAGAAAAACGCCCCAAAGGCAGGCCACACAAAAACAACAUUGCCGCUGAGAAUAGAGAAACUUCAAAUGUGGCUGCUAUAGAGGAACGGGGCACAAAAAGCCAACUUCAAGCAGAUGGACAGGAGUGCAAUGGCAACGAGGAGGGGCAUGAAGGAGAGGAGGGUGAAGACCACGGUUUUCAACGAAAGAGGCGUCGUGAUAGGGGACAAUCUGAACAGGUCACUGUUGUCAACUUGUCGCUACAUCAGAAUAUGGCACAAACGACGAAUAACGCUCUGUAAGUGAUAAACGUCGAAAGGUGUG